GCGUCCUCCUCCAGGCGACCGAAGCAGGACGUCGCCGCUCCCUGGAUCCAGGAACCUCUCAGUGGCCAUGGCGUCCGGGCUCCCCGCUGGGUGCGUGUUCGCCCUAUGCGUCCUCCUGUCUCCGUGUGUUUCUGGAGGCGAAUGGUGUGAGGGUUACUAUGAUGGAGGCACAUACCAUGGUUUUUCAGGCCCAUGCUCAAAGAAGUAUUGCUGCGGUAGCUGCUACAAAAGAAAAUGUUGUGAUGAUUUCAGCAACAGGCUUUCUCCGGAAGAUCAAAGCACCUGUUCCGCUUUAAACUUUAUGAGAUCAGAGCUGCCCUUGAUCGCUGGUAUUGUCAUCCCGAUCAUCUUUGUGCUCAUAUUGAUCUUCUGUUGCUGCUGCUCCCGCUGUCCCCUAUACAAGAGUUGUCGGAAACCCAAGCCUGUGGAAAAUUCCACCACCCACUCUACAGUGGUCCCCCUUCCUCAGCAGUAUCCUCUGCAGCAGGUGACGACACCUGGACACCCUGCAGGGUACCAGCAUCCAUCGUACCAGAUCACACCAAUACAGCCAGGGUAUGGAGCCCAACCCGUGCCCCAGAGCUAUGGAGCUGAGCCCACAGUACCCUACCAGGGACAGCCAUUCACACCAGGACCCCCUCUAACUUAUCAAGAAUCCAGUGGCUUUUCCUGCCAACCCACCGCCUCCCAGCCAAACACUGCAUCCUCUACUGCCUCCUGCACAGCCACAGUUUAAUGCUCCGGCCUCAUCGACAAACUAUCUGACCCAACCUGUGUACUAUACAACACAGAUUAUGUUGGACCACAACCCAAGACCGGAUGACGGGCCAUAAUGUGUUGGGAGUGGGGGUACAUGCAAUGAAGCAACCAGCUCACAAUCCACAUUCACAAAGGAAACUAUUAACUGUUUGGUCAAUAAAACUUAAGAAACGUUUUCUGUAGUCAGAUUAAUGUUCGAUUAGUGAAUCUAGUUUUUCCCUGGAUACAGUAGGUUUAUCCCCAAGUGCUCAGAUGUCUGAGUGUAUGUGCAUCCAGGUUUCUCAUUGGUUUUCUAAAAAAAAGGAAAUGGAAACAAUGACACAUAAAUGAUGAGGUGUGACUGGAUGGAGAGUGAAACCAUCAACACUAGGCACUUCCUUAGUUACAAAUCAAGUAAGUUAAAAGUUCACCUUAACUUUAUGUUUAUUAAACUACAUUCCCAAUAAUUGUCAAAGCCAGCUUAACAGUGUUUUUUGUUCAGACUGUUGGAAGAAUAAAAGAUUGUUAUGUCA